GUACAUCACGCCAAAUGUGCGAGUACACAAACAAGAACCUACAGUUAUUUUUCAUGGACGAAAUUAAAAUGACAGUUUCAAAAGAUGGAAAAUAGUUUUUCUACUUUCGAAUCUGUUGAAUAUCCUCCUGUGGUCGUGGCCUCGGCGGCGCUACUGGUUCCGGUGCGGCGGCGCUAGUGGCUUCGACGGCGGUUCGACGGCGGCAUUGAAGCUGACCACCACUACCACCACUGUUUCGGAAUCAACAAAACAGACAAUUUUCUAGUUUUUGCCUUUCUCUCUGAUCUAGAAACCCUUUUUGUUUUCUCCGAGACAUUGGAAGUGGCUAAAAAAAUUAAGAAUUGUUUAAUUCCGAUUCGGAUUUCAAAUUUUUCGUAGUUUUUUCUUCGGCUACUUCGCCAUUCAACAAUUGGUGCUUCAAUCUUCUCGCAUUUUGAUUUUUGAUUGCUUUGUUUUGUUCUGUUCUGUUCUGUUCUUCGGAGACAGUGGAACGUGCGAGGUUUCGUUUCACUGUCACGCAUUGGAUCUGAAAAUCCUUGAAGAUUUCUGGCAAAUUUCUUGACAUUUUCUUCUGAUCUCCGACGAAUCGUCUGACCACCGCAAUAAUUGAGGAAGUCAACAUAUCGAUUGAGCGGUCCUUUUUCUUUUGUAGACAUAAAGCCUUAAUCUAUAAGCUGAAAUACAUUGAGGGGAAAAACGAUUUUUCAAUGAUAAUGCCAUUUAAACGCAUGUUUCGGGAGCUAAGGGAGAUGCGAGAGGGUUCUAAGAAUAAGUUGAGAAGGACAUCUGAGAAGAAGUGUUUGCAUGGUCAUGGAAGAUCACAUGUAGCCCCUGAAAUUUCAUCAUCUCCACUUGAAUUGGUUGAAAGGAACAGUUGGGAGAAUUUUCCUUCUGAGUUGCUCCUUGAUAUAAUUCAGCGGCUAGAAGCUACCCAGACCUUGUGGCCCGCCAGGAGAGAUGUGGUUGCUUGUGCUUCAGUUUGCAGGUCUUGGAGGGAGACAACAAAAGAGGUUGUAAGAACUCUGGAGCAAUGUGGGUUGAUUACUUUCCCCGUCUCACUGAAGCAGCCAGGACCAAGAGAUUCUCUAAUCCAAUGCUUUAUAAAAAGGGAUAGGGUCACAUCAACGUAUAGUUUGUACCUCGGCUUGAGUCCAGCACUAUCAGAGGAUGUCAGCAAACUGUUGUUGGCAGCAAAAAAGAUCAGAAAGGCAACAAGUACAGAUUUUCGGAUAUCCCUGGCAACAAAUGAUUUCUCUCAAUCUAAUCAUGCAUAUAUUGGGAAAUUGAGGUCGAACUUUCUUGGUUCCAAGUUCUCUAUUUAUGAUAGCCAGCGUCCGUGUGACCAUGCAAUCCGAUCCAAUGGUCAGUCACAUCGAAAACGCAAUUACAACGUGGCUACCAUAUCUUAUGAGCUCAAUGUUCUUCGAACCAAAGGACCAAGGAAAAUGUUGUGCACCAUGAACUCAAUCCCCACCUCUGCAGUUCAGGGAGGGGGCAUUGCCCCAACUGUAGCAACAUUUGGGAAUUUCCUUAAUGAGCAAUGCUCUCCUUUAUCAGUUUCUAAAGGGAAAAACCUUGUUAAAUUUGGCUCAAAUAGUCUUACUGAACCACUUGAGCCAGUUCAUGACACAAGAGAUCCGCUGAUUUUGAAAAAUAAAGCUCCUAGAUGGCAUGAGCAGUUGCAGUGUUGGUGCCUUAAUUUCAAAGGACGUGUCACAGUCGCCUCUGUUAAGAACUUUCAACUGGUGGCAGCUAUUGAGCCAUGCCAAAAUGUUCCAGCCGCUGAACAAGAGAAAGUAAUGCUACAGUUUGGAAAGAUAGGAAAAGACAUUUUUACCAUGGAUUAUCGUUACCCUCUCUCUGCCUUCCAAGCCUUUGCAAUCUGUUUAAGCAGCUUUGACACCAAACCGGUUUGUGAAUAGCCUUAUUAUCAAAUUCCGAUUGUGUGCCAUGCUCAUGCUUUACUUUUGUAUAAGAUGGUUCUAUAUAUUUUCUUCAAAGGUGCUCAUUUUAGUUUGUAUCCUUUUCUAUCAGUGCCUUUUAAGUGCAGGCAUCAGUUUAUGUCAUGGCAGUGAGCCAUAUAAUGUAUUUUAAUUUGCAAAUCUGUUUAAUUUGCAGAAUGACAAUUAUGCAACAUUUCUCUAGAGUUUGUAACUGCGACACUUUUUUCACGUGCAAUUUUGAAGGAAUUCAAUUUUUUAGUCACAAAGGGAUUUUGCGCUAGUAUAUUUGAUAUUGACUAAAAUGGAAGUUCUAUAGAACCGGUAUUAGACUAGCGAUGUUGUAUGGGUCGGAGGGCAACUGAGAAACAACAUGUAGAUAAGAUAAGUGUUGCUGAGAUGAGAAUGCUAAAAUAGAUGUGUGGUAAGACUAGAAAAGAUACAAUUAAGAAUGAGUAUAUUUGAGAAUGGGUAGAAGUAGUACUGAUAGAAGAUAAGUUGAGAGAGAAUAGAUUGAGAUGAUUUGGUCAUAUACAACGAAGUCCAACAGAGGCAGUAGUGAAGAUAUGUGAUAUAGUGACGGUAGAUGGAAGUGUUAGGAGAAGGAGCAGACCUAAAUUGAUGUGAGCUAGUUUAGUAAAUAGAGAUAUGAAUCUCCUUAAUUUGACUAAUGAAAUAGUUUUGGAUAGAGUCGAGUAGAGAAGAAGGAUUCAUGUAGCCGACUCUAUUUGAUGAGACUUAAGAUUUGGUUUGGUUUGGUUUGGUUUAUAUUUGAUAUUGACUGUUGUGGAUGCACUAUUCCACAUCGCUCUAUAAGAGAUCACAGCUCCACUACAUAAGUGGACUAACACCCUUACACCAGUAUGAGGCUUUUUAAAGCCGUGAGGGGUGAGCUGCUGGUUUUCGCCUAACUCCAAAGAGGACAAUAUCGUGCUAGUCUGGGAGGGUUAGCCGCUUCAUUUGGCGCCGUCUGUGAGAACUCCCUGUUCAGGCAGCUAGUCCACUUGGAAGUUAUGUGGGUGAACUAUCCCACAUCGCUCUUUGAGAGAUCACAUCUCUACUACAUAAGUGGACUAACUCUCUUAGACUAUUAUGAGGUCUUUUAAAGCCGUGAGGGGUUAACUGUUGGUUUUCGCCUAACUUCAAAGCGGACAAUAUCGUGCUAGUCGGGGAGGGUUGGCUGCUUCAAAUGCAAAUUGUAUUACAAUGUAUGUCUUUAUUCACAAAUGUCAAAUGAUUUGCAGCAGUAGGAUACCGUAAAAUCAUAAUUUUUUGAUGAGAUAUAUGUAGCAUCCGUACUAUGAAUUAAUUGUACAAUUGUUCUUGUUAUUUACACAAAUAUUUAAUAGCUGUUGGCAUACUAGUGUCAUGUAUUACAAUACUCAUCUUACUAACUUUACUUUUCUCCUUGCAGACGUAGUGGCAACAAUGACAUUGAGUCUUUGCAGGGUUAUCUGGGCUCGAGUCUCAUGGUUCUAUAAAAGGCCUCUCAAGCAUCUUCUUCUGAACGUGGGCUUGUAAGUAAGCUUCUGUGCAGGUGUAACACUGAAUUCAGCCUUGUGGGUAUUCUUUUAGUUGCCUAGACAGGUUUUGUCAGGUUGCGAGAGAAAACAUGAUGUACAUAAGGAUUCCUUUCAGUAAUGGUUCUGUUUAACAGAAUACAGUUACGGAUACCUUGUAUAUUUCCAUUUGUAUAUGCAUUUAACCUUCUUCCCAAGCUUCCCCAUCCA